UCUCUCUCUCUCUCUCUCUCUUAAUUCUUGCCUAAAAUUCCAAUUUCUCUCCAAAUUUGCUCACCCAAAUUGGCUGUGCUGCAAGCUUGCAACUUAGACCCUCAGAAGUAGAUAAAAUGUGGAACCUUUUGAAGGCCCAUUACGGUUUUUUGAGCUACAGUGGUGUCUUGUGAUCUCUCUUACAGGUCCAACAAUGUCGUCGUCAAAGGGGGAUUCUGAUGGGUAAUAAUAAGUCUGUUUGUUCCUCGAAAAUCAAGAUGUGAGUGGUGGGUUCUUGCAAAACCCUUCUUCUUGAGCUUUUUGAUUGUCGAAUAAUGGUGGCUGCCGUUACCGGAGGAGCCGCUUCAACGACGCCCGACCCGCGAAACCCCAAAACCCCCUCCGCCGCCGCCGCCAGGCCGCCGUUGCUGCCGUCCGAGAAGGAUAACGGCAAUGGGUCCUCUCCGAGCAACCCCAGAAAGCCCAAAUCAAAAACCGUGUCCUCUCGGUACAUGUCGCCUUCCACUUCCACUCCAAAUUCAUCCUCUGUCGCCUCUUCUAGAAGGUUCCCUUCGCCGUCGGUCUCGAGUAGCUCGAGAAAUUCGCCUUCUCUGACCUCCUCCAAGAGGUCUGUUUCUGUAGACAGACGGCGGCCGGCGGCGGUGAGGCAUUUGACGGCGGAUCUAGAUUCCAGAAGCGGCGGCGCCGUUAUCUCAGCCGCCUCUAAGCUGCUCGUCACCUCCACCAGGAGCCUAGCAGUUUCCUUUCAAGGUGAAUCCUUCUCUUUGCCUGUUAGCAAAACUAAAGUUUCCCAUUCUACCCCUAAUCCAACUACUGUGAGAAAAGCAACACCCGAAAGAAAAAGGACUGUUGUUACUCCUUUGCCAGAAGGUAAAGCUGAGAGUUCAAAGGAUCAGCUCGAAAAAAAUCCGAAAUCCGCCGAUCACCAUCUCUGGCCCGGCAAGAACCGGGCUUCAAAUCACCUAUCGAGAAGUUCCAGUAAGCUAAUCGGGCCCUUUAACGAGAGAAGGCUUUCGUGCAGUGGCAGGUUGAGUCUUGAUUCGGUCGAACGAGCCCAUGAUAGGAAUUCGGUAAAAAAUGAACUAUUGAUGCAUCCUUAUGAUAUUAUUACAACCUCUGAUUCAGACAGCAUGUCUUCAGACAGUACUUCGGGAGUCCACAGGUCAAGCGGGCCUCGAGCCAUUGCUGCUUCGGCCCGAUUCUGGCAGGAGACUAAUAGUCGACUGAGGAGGCUGCAGGAUAAUAAUAGUUGUGGGCCGAAACUGAUUGUGCCACCUAAAUCGAAAAAGUUUAUGAGUAAUGGCCCGUUAUUGUCUCCUGUUCGUGGAAAUACUAUUAUGGCUUCUCAGCCAAGGGGGAAAAGCCCAAGCCCAAGCCCGUCUCGUAUGAGAAAUGCUGAUAAUAGCUUCUUCAUUGGGAACGGUUUUGGUGUGAUGCCUUCGGUUCUUAGCUACGCUGUGGAUGUUAGGAGAGGGAAAGUCGGGGAGAAUGGAAUAUUAGAUGCACAUUUUUUGAGGCUUUUGUAUAAUCGGCACUUGCAGUGGAGGUUCGUGAAUGCUCGAGCUGAAGGGGUCUUGCGUGUGCAGCAACGCAGUGUAAAGAAACAUCUAUGGAAUGCGUGGAUAACAAUCUCUGAUCUACGAGGAACAGUCACCAAAAAACGACACAGAUUGCAUCUGCUAAGGCAAAAGUUGAAGCUAGCCACCAUUCUUAAGAGAGAAACGACUUUUUUGGAAGAAUGGGCUUCUCUGGAUAAAGAGCACUCGAUUUCUUUACUCGGAGCAAUCGAAGCUUUAACCGCUAGUACUCUUUGUCUUCCAGUUGUUGGAGCAAUUGGGAAUGUCCAAAGCAUGCAUGAUGCAAUUGGCUCGGCUUUUGACAUUAUGCAGACAAUGGCACCCUCCAUAUAUUUUCUUCUGCCAAUGGUUGAAAAAUUAAAUUCUUUGUCGAGCGAACUUGUAAAAGUGACCACGAAAGAACAAGCUUUGCUCGAGAGAUGCACUUAUGUUCUAUCUUCAUUAGCAGCCAUGCAGGUUAAAGACAAUAGUCUGAGGACACAUAUAAUACAAAACGCCCGUUUAUGAACAGCAUGAAAGAGACCCGUAGAAGAACUGAUUCUAUUUUUGACUGUUAACAAUCGAGGCAUGCUAACCAUCCAUAUGACCAGAAGAUGGAGUCUUUGGCGAUUUUGUUACACGCGUGUUUUAUUUUGUAGCAGCCCAAGAUAACUAAUAUUACGGGGAAUGGUCCUUAAUCUCACUAAUUCAGCUGUGUACAAACAAUGUAUAUGUGUAAUAUUCUAAAAAGUUGUCAUCUAAUCAAUUCUCAUUCAGUCCCAUUUGUGUGUAUAUGUUGUUGUAUAUGAGAACUAGUUGCAGUUUCUGAGGGGGGGCUCAAACUGAGAUGAGUGUCUUUUUCUUUNUGGUUUUAUU